AUGGCGUUGGUGAGCGCGAAGACGGAGAAGAUGCGGAAGCUGGCCGAGGAAAUGGCUCGGGAGGAGGAGGAAGAAGCCAAAAGUGCAGAAACUCCAGAGGAUCGGCGCCUGGCUGAGUUGGUCGCUGCCUAUUCCAAGGCCUCGGAGAGGUCCAAAGAGGGAGACUUUCAGGAGGCAGUAAGUGCUUGGAGGAAAGUGCUCGAGCUUGAGGAGGCGGUUCAGGCCUAUCAAGAGAGGGGCGCGGCCAAUGCGAACCUCGGGCGCUUUCGCCAGGCGGAGAGCGAUUUUCAGAAGGCUCUGGAACUGGCCGAGAAUGAUGAGGAGCGGGCCAGCGUGUACUUCAGCCGCGGCUCUGCGCGCGGGGACGCUGGAAAGGAGGCAGAAGCCAUCGCCGACUUUGGAGAGGCUUUAAAACUGGAGCCUGAUCGCUUGGAGGCAUGGCUUAGUCGCGGCACCGCGUAUUUGGCUUCUGACGAUGUCAAUGGGGCCUCUGCAGAUGCGGAGGCUGCCCUGAAGCUCCAGAGCGACAGCGCUCCGGCCUGGGGACUCCUUGGGGCCGUGAGGCAGAGACAGGGGCUUCACCGCGAGGCGGUGGAUGCAUGUCAAAUGGCUCUGAAACUGGAGCCUGACUUGAGCUGGGCACAGAAUUGCUUGGAGGCGCCAGCUGAUCAUGCUCCACGUCGAAGUGUUCUGCUCCACGUCGAAGCAACCCGCGCCGAACGCACCGCCAUCGCCAUGGGAUCUUCUUCCAGCACGGAGGUCAGCGGCCCCACUGUCCUCGAGGACAAGUACUACCCAGAGUGGAUCAAGAAUCCGGAGAACAUCAAGGAUCUGACUGGCCGCGUGGCGUUGAUCACCGGCGUCUCAACCUCUUCGGGUCUGGGUUUCUACGCCACCAAAGCCCUGGCCUCGAAAGGAGCACAGUGCGUGAUCACGGUGCGAAACCCUGAGAAGGGCCAGGCGGUGAAGGCAGAUGUUGAGGCUCAGUUGAAAGAACUCGGCGUGGCUGCCAAGCCCAUUACGGUCAUGAAGAUGGACAACUGUGACUUUGCCAGUAUCCGCAUGUUUACGGACGAGUUCAAGAAGCAGUUUGACCGACUGGACAUUGUGUGCAACAACGCCGGCGUCAUGGGAUUAGAUGCUCAGAUGACCAAGGAUGGCUACGACAUUCAGAUCCAAACGAACCACCUGAGCCACUUCCUGAUGACUGGGCGCUUGUGGCCCCUCAUGAAAGCCACCGCUGAGAAGUAUGGCGAUGUGACCAUCACCCAGGUCGCCUCGGCUGCAUCUGAGAGGGGCGGCCCUACGGUGGACACCAAGGACCUGAACAACCCACACCCACCGCAUGGCGUGCUGCUGCCACCCGGCCCCACGGUGGUGCCCCAGGUAGCGAAGGUUGGUGUGAAUGAACUUUAUCUACCUGGGACCGCGUAUAUACCUGAAGAGGAGGUUCCGGAUUUUGACCCGGACGAGCCCGUACCCCCGGACCCAAUGAUAGGGGCAGAAGGCGGACCCGAAGAGGCCGCAGCAGGUGGUUCAGAAGGGGCCACUGUAGGCGGACCCGAAGAGGCCGCCGAAGGUGAGAAGAUCAAAUCCACCUCCUGCCAUCCAGGUUUGGCCGCCACCAACUUGCAGAUUACCACCCAAAAAGGAGGUGGAAUGAAGGACGGUGCCGGGUUUCAGAAGGGCGGCCAGAGCUGCGCCGACGGCUCCCUGCCGCUGGUCAUGGCGGUGGCUCACCCUUCGCAGUGCGAAGGAGGAGCCUACUACGGUCCCCACGAGAUGCGCAAGGGGUAUCCCAUCAAGACGAAGAACGCCAACGCCAUGGCGUACGACGCCAGCGUCGCCAAAGCCUUGUGGGAGGCUUCGGAGAAGGCCGUGGGUGAGGAGUUCAAGCUCUAAAUCUGAGCCACUUGGGCUACGGUGGUCAGCCACUUGGGCUGUAGCACCGUGGGUUGUUUCGUUGAUUUUUGCGUGUCACUUAACCAGGUCGCAGCCCGGCGACUCAGCAAGCUGGGAAAGGCCAUGGUGGUGUCCACGCUGCUCCUUUUGCAGUUUCAUCGUUUCUGAGCGUCCCAUUUUGGUGGGAAGAAUACGGCGAAAAGA